AUGGCUUUGAUGGAGUGGAAUCAUAGCAAUGGCACUGGAGACUUCGUCAUGCUUGGCUUUUCAAAUCUACCAGAGUAUGAGAUCCUUCUUUUCUGGAUAUUUCUGGCCAUGCAUUUGGUCACUCUGUCUGGGCACUUGAUAACUGUGGUGGUAACUUUGGUUGAUCCCACCUUAUACACUCCUAUGUAUUUCUUCCUGCACAAUCUCUCCUCCAUCGAGAUCUGCUACACGUUGGUCAUUGUGCCCAAAAUGCUGACUUACUUCCUAGCCAAUAGCCGCAAAGUCUCAUUGCCUGAAUGUGCAGUGCAGAUGUAUUUCUUCAUUGCACUGGGCACUUCAGAGUGUUUCUUACUGGCUGUAAUGGCUUAUGACAGGUAUGUGGCCAUCUGCAACCCACUGUGUUACACCAUUAUCAUGAACCGGACCUUGUGCCUGCAGCUGCUGGUUGUAGUCUGUGCUACCGGCUUUGUGCUCUCUCUUGCGCUCACUGCACUGAUCUUUCGGCUGCCCUUCUGUGGUUCCCAUGAAAUCAACCACUUUUUCUGUGACAUCCCUCCAGUUCUGUUCCUAGCAUGUAGUGAUACCCACACUGAUGAAAUCUUGGUCUUUGUGGCAUGCUUGUUAGCUCUUCUGGUCCCCUUCCUCUUGAUCCUAGCUUCCUAUGUGUUCAUCGCCAAUGCCAUUCUGAGGAUCCAGUGUUCCCAAGGAAGGAAAAAGGCCUUCUCCACUUGUGCAGCUCAUUUAGUGGUGGCCGUCCUCCAUUAUGGCUGUGCCAUCUUCAUCUACAUCCGGCCAAAGGCCAGCUACUCUCUAGAGCAAGACAAAGUGGUCUCCUUGAUCUACACCAACGUCACACCCAUGUUGUAUCCUAUGAUCUACAGCCUGAGGAACAAGGAAGUCAAGGUCGCUUUUAAGAGGGUCAGGGGAAGAAAGAUCUCUUUUCAGAAAAGUGUGAAUUUUUGA